ACACAUUACCCAAAAUUCUCAAUUCUAAUUCCCUUUUCUAGUAAUCAAUCUUCUUCAACAUCAUGAGUAAUCAACCUGAAUCAUCCGAUUCCAAGGGGACGAAGCGGGACUUCAGUACCGCCAUUCUGGAGCGGAAGAAGGCGGCGAACAGGCUCGUAGUCGAUGAAGCCAUCAAUGAUGAUAACUCCGUUGUUGCCUUACAUCCUGAGACUAUGGAAAAGCUUCAGCUAUUCAGAGGCGACACUAUUUUGAUCAAGGGAAAGAAAAGGAAAGAUACAAUCUGUAUCGCUCUUGCUGAUGACACUUGUGAUGAACCAAAGAUUAGGAUGAAUAAGGUUGUCAGGUCUAACUUGAGGGUUAGGCUUGGUGAUGUGGUCUCUGUUCAUCAAUGUGCUGAUGUUAAAUAUGGGAAGCGUGUUCACAUUCUCCCGGUUGAUGAUACAAUUGAGGGCGUUACUGGGAAUCUCUUUGAUGCUUACUUGAAACCAUACUUCAUGGAGGCAUACCGGCCAGUGAGGAAGGGUGACUUCUUUCUUGUAAGGGGAGGAAUGAGAAGUGUAGAGUUCAAGGUUAUUGAGACUGAUCCACCAGAGUAUUGUGUAGUUGCCCCUGAUACAGAGAUCUUCUGUGAAGGUGAGCCCGUGAGAAGGGAGGAUGAGGAUCGUUUGGAUGAGAUUGGUUAUGAUGAUGUUGGUGGUGUUCGCAAACAGAUGGCACAGAUUCGUGAGCUAGUUGAGCUGCCAUUAAGGCACCCACAACUCUUUAAGUCAAUUGGGGUUAAGCCACCAAAGGGAAUUCUGCUGUACGGUCCUCCUGGAUCUGGGAAGACUUUAAUAGCCCGUGCAGUUGCCAAUGAAACUGGUGCGUUCUUUUUCUGUAUCAAUGGUCCAGAAAUCAUGUCAAAGUUGGCCGGAGAAAGUGAGAGCAAUCUCAGGAAAGCGUUUGAGGAAGCAGAGAAGAAUGCUCCAUCCAUCAUCUUUAUUGAUGAGAUCGAUUCAAUUGCUCCUAAACGUGAGAAGACACAUGGAGAAGUUGAAAGGAGAAUUGUUUCACAGCUUUUGACUCUCAUGGACGGACUGAAAUCCCGAGCUCAUGUUAUUGUUAUGGGUGCCACUAACCGUCCUAAUAGCAUUGACCCUGCCCUUAGGAGAUUUGGUAGAUUUGACAGGGAAAUCGAUAUUGGUGUGCCUGAUGAAAUUGGCCGUCUUGAGGUUCUUCGUAUCCAUACCAAGAACAUGAAACUGUCUGAUGAUGUUGACUUGGAAAAGAUUUCGAAAGAGACACAUGGAUAUGUGGGUGCUGAUUUGGCAGCUUUGUGUACCGAGGCUGCACUCCAAUGCAUCCGAGAGAAAAUGGAUGUGAUUGAUUUGGAAGACGAGUCCAUUGAUGCAGAGAUUCUCAAUUCCAUGGCUGUUUCAAAUGAGCACUUUUCGACCGCCCUUGGUACAAGCAACCCGUCUGCGCUUCGUGAGACUGUUGUUGAAGUACCGAAUGUCAGUUGGGAAGAUAUCGGAGGCCUUGAGAAUGUUAAAAGAGAACUUCAGGAGACUGUUCAAUAUCCGGUCGAACAUCCAGAGAAAUUCGAGAAGUUUGGUAUGUCACCCUCUAAAGGGGUUCUCUUCUAUGGUCCACCAGGGUGUGGAAAAACUCUUCUUGCCAAGGCUAUUGCCAAUGAAUGCCAGGCCAAUUUCAUCAGCAUCAAGGGUCCUGAAUUGCUUACAAUGUGGUUUGGUGAGAGUGAAGCUAAUGUUCGCGAGAUUUUCGACAAGGCCCGUGGAUCUGCUCCUUGUGUCCUGUUUUUUGAUGAACUCGAUUCCAUCGCUACCCAGAGAGGGAGCAGUCAGGGAGAUGCUGGAGGUGCAGCUGACAGAGUUCUGAAUCAACUUCUGACCGAGAUGGACGGUAUGUCGGCCAAAAAGACUGUAUUCAUCAUCGGUGCUACUAACAGGCCCGAUAUCAUCGAUCCUGCACUUUUGAGGCCUGGUCGUCUUGAUCAGUUGAUAUACAUCCCUCUCCCUGAUGAGGAAUCCCGCUAUCAAAUCUUCAAAUCGGCUUUGAGGAAAUCUCCGGUUGCCAAAGACGUAGAUCUGAAUGCCCUUGCCAAGUACACCCAGGGAUUCAGUGGUGCUGAUAUCACGGAAAUCUGCCAGCGUGCCUGCAAGUACGCCAUUCGUGAGAACAUUGAGAAAGAUAUCGAGAGGGAAAAGAGAAGAAGCGAAAACCCGGAGGCUAUGGAGGAGGACAUGGAGGAUGAGGUGGCGGAGAUCAAGGCGGCACACUUUGAGGAAUCGAUGAAGUUUGCACGCAGGAGUGUGAGCGAUGCCGACAUUAGGAAGUACCAGGCGUUUGCUCAAACACUGCAACAGUCGAGAGGGUUUGGUUCUGAGUUCAGGUUUGCAGAGACUAGCGGAGCAGGGGCGGCCGCUGGUGGUUCCGACCCUUUUGCUGCGGCCGCAGGUGCAGCCGAUGAAGAUGAUCUGUACAACUGAUAAUCGUAUAUACCCACGCAGAUGGCACUCUUUUUCUUUCUCAUCUGGUUAAAAAACUCUCUGAAGUCUUUCUGUAAUUCAUACGACUUGAUAACUUGUUUUUUAUGAGCAUGGUUAGAUUUAAACAAUCUGUUCCUGA